AUGCUUUCUUUUCAUUCCUUUUUUAUUCAUCCUUCCUUCCACAAAGAUGAAACUAAUUCUAUAGACGUCGACUUAAUGAAGCAACAUGCUUAUUGCUUUUCCCGCCCUCUUUUCGUCCGCCAUUUUCUUUAUUUACGAACCCUCGUAGUCUUUCUUGCCUUUGCUAAUAUUUCUUAUUCCUCUAUCCAUUACUCCACCGUGCACCCCCCACCUCUCUCUCUCUCUCUCUCUCUCUCUCUCUCUCUCUCUCUCUGCACUGAAAACAAAUUUCAAAAGAACGAGAAAAGGAUAUAUUCUAACAUAUUUUUUUUCGUUUUCGUGUUUCUUCCUGUUUUUUUCUUCUUUUUCAUGUUUCUUCCUCUUUCUUCUUCAUUUUCGCCUUUCUUCCUGUUUCUUUAUUUUAGUGUUUUUUGUUGUUUCUUCAUUUACGUGUUCCUUCUUUUUUCUCCUUCAUUUCACGUCUUCCUUUUUCUUCAUCAUUUUACGGUAACUUCCGGUUUUAAUAUUCAUUUUCGUCUUUCUUCCAGUUUCUUCUUCAUUUUCGCGCCUCUUCAAGUUUUUUCUUCAUUGUCGUGUUUCUUCCUGUUUUUUAUCUUCAUUUUCGUCUUUCUUUGUUUCAUCUUCAUUUUACUGUUUCUUCCUGUUUCUUUUUUUGUUUUUUUCCUUUUCGUCUUUCUUCCAGUUUCUGCUUCAUUUUCGAAACCUACAAGUCUUUUCUUCAUUUUCGUGUUUCUUCCUGUUUUUUCUUCAUUUUCUUCUUUCUUCCUGUUUCUUCUUCAUUUUCAUGUUUAUUCCUUUUUCUUCUUCGUUUUCCUGUUUUUUCCUGUUUCUUCUUCGUUUUCGCGUUUCUUCCUUCUUCUAUAUUUUCCUAUUUCUUCGUGUUUCUUCUUCAUUUUCGUGUUUCUUCCUCUUUCUUCAUGUCUCUUCUUGAUUUUCGCGUCUCUUCGUGUCUUUUCUUCUUGUUUCUUCUUCAUUUUCCUCUUUCUUCCUCUUUCUUCAUGUUUCUUCUUGAUUUUCGCGUCUCUUCGUGUCUUUUCUUCAUUUUUAUGUUUCAUCAUGUAUCUUCUUCAUUUUCCUGUUUCUUCCUCUUUCUUCCUCUUUCUUCUUGAUUUUCGCGUCUCUUCGUGUCUUUCCUUCAUUUUUAUGUUUCAUCUUGUUUCUUCUUCAUUUUCGUGUUUCUUCCUCUUUCUUCCUCUUUCUUCUUGA